AUGCCCAGUCUUGAUGAUUAUUGUCAUCGCCUCAAGGAAUUAGCCAACCAACUUUCGAUUGUUGAUUGCCCGGUCACUCCUAAUAGACUCGUUCCUCAACUUGUUCGUGGUUUACCAUCGAAAUUUGACAUUGUGGCCUCUUUUAUUAAUCAACAAGUUCCGUCAUUUGAAACGGCACGAAGCAUGCUUCAAUUGGAGCAACAACGCAAAUCUAUGCGUGAGGUUCUUGCUUCUGUUACGGCCGCCCUGGUGGCGCCACCCUCGCCGUCGUCUAACGCUCCUCAUUGGUCUGACCCACCGCCGCGUCCUCAGCCGCCUCGUGGUGGUUGCACCAACAGGCACACCAACAAUAGUCGCGGCCAACCCCGCACUGCUACUGCUCGACCUGCUACCUCGGUGCAGCCGCGACCCUACAUGGCCCCCUACCCACCACCUUACUACCCAGAAUGGCAGCCACCCACCCCAUAUUGGAGUGUGCCCCCUUGCCCGUACCCCACUCAGUCCGGUUGGGCCCCACCGUGGCAGCCUCGUGCGCUGCAAUGGCGUGGAUCUUCGUCCCGCUCACAACAGCCCCGUGGCUAUGGUCAAGCUCACCUCACGAAAUUUGAUGCUCUUAAGCCUACGGAUAUUGGCGCCACAUUUCAAACUAUGUCCCUGCACCAACCUGAUAAAUCUUGGUACAUGGAUACUGGCGCAUCCUCUCAUUUGACAGCUGAUUUAGGUACGAUUGUCCCUUCUUCAAAUUUGAGUACUAUUCGCUCUUUAUAUGUUGGCAAUGGUAACUCUAUUCCAGUUAUUGGCUCUGAUACCAUGAUAGGUAGUGAAUCCCCUGAUUAG